GUUCUUCAAACGUUAGAGAUUCAGUGGCGCCAAAUGAGAGAAACUUGUCGUCUUAGAAUUGUUUAGAAAAUAUAAUAAACCAUCUUUUUAGAUAAAGGGCUGUGAGGUCCUUAUUGUCUCCAUUAUGAUUUUUGAACGACAAAACAGCAUCAAAAGUGCUGAGAAGUUACUUUCAGCUCCGAGUGAAGACCAAGAAAUCUUCCAAAGACAAACCAGCGAUUAUGAAAACAAAUCCGAGAGAUUCCAUUUAAAGGAAUUUCAAUACAUCCGUCAGUUUGCCCAUAUUUAUUCUUCGCGUCUUCUGGAGAUGAGACCGGGAUUAGAACGUGCAGCGAAAGAAAAAUGGGGUAAAGAUGUGAAAAUAAACAAACUAUAUGAACUGGAAGCUGACAAGAAAUGUGUCAUCAUUGGAACUCUGUUUAAGCUUAUGCAGCUUCAGCCAAGCAUCGUGAAAGAAAUUAGUGAAGAACACAACCUGUUACCUCAGCCCCUUCAGUCGAAUUAUACCUCAUACUCAGACCAGUUGAUAUUAGAAGACGAACUCCAAAGAAUUAGUCUGGUUGGGAAACUUGAUGUCCACAAAUGUUGUACAGGUUUUGUAAUUGCUGUGUUUGGCCAUGAACCAGAAGAUUCUCGUGGAAAAUUUCAAGUUGAAGAUUUCUGUGUUCAAAACCUUCCAUUGCAACUCCAGCGUCCAGUCAUCGAACAUGACAGAUACGUGGCUAUUUUGUCUGGUUUGGAAAUUGGCAGCAAGGAAGAGAAACAGUUUGAAAUGCAGAUGGCAUUGGAUCUAAUAACAGGGAAGUUGGGCAGUAUAUACCAACAGGAAGAUAGUUCACAGAUUGUACGUGUGAUUGUGGCUGGUAAUUCUCUCAGCAAGGACACUCAAGAUAAGGAUUCAAUCAGCAAAGCCAAAUACUUGACCCGAAACACUGCUGCUCGAAGUGUAGAUGCCAUGAAGUCUUUGGAUGACGUCUUACUGCAAUUAGUGACAAAUGUUGAUGUUGACCUGAUGCCAGGUCAAUAUGACCCUGCCAACUACUCCAUUCCACAGCAGCCACUCCAUUAUUGUAUGUUUCCAAAGAGCCAUUCUUACAACACACUACAUUUGGUAACCAAUCCUUAUGACUGUACUAUCGAAGGGACCAGAUUUUUGCUGACCAGUGGUCAGACAUUGGAUAACAUAGCUCAAUAUAGCCAGCUGGAUGAUGGUAUGGAAAUCCUUGAGAAAACCCUAAGAUGGGGUCACCUUGCACCUACAGCACCAGAUACAUUAGCCUGUUACCCUUUCAGUAUUCAAGACCCGUUCAUUGUCACAGAAACUCCCCAUGUUUAUAUUGCUGCCAACCAGAAAGAAUUCCAGACCAAACUCAUUCAAGGUGAGCGUAAUCAAGCAGUACGUCUGAUAACUGUCCCACGCUUCCAAGCAGAAUGUUCCUUUGUUCUUGUCAACCUUCGAACACUUGAUUGUGAGGUGAUUAAGCUUCAGAGUGACAUAUCACAGACACCAGCCAGCCCCCAAGUUGAUAAAUAAAUACCGCACAUGGAGAAAAUUGACGAGAAAAUCAAGACGGAUUACAUCAUCCAUUCUGCACCAAAAUCCGAAAACAUUUGGAUCGACAGCGGCAACAAAAGUAGUGGAUGUCUUGUAUUGUAAGGCCGCAGAACAGCACAGAAUGUCUCCAGCAAAAUUACAUCAGUUGUUUAGAUCAGUGGUACUCAACGGGGUCCAUAUGGCCCUUGGCAGUUGUUAUAAGAUUUUGCUGUUGAAAUUUAUGCACAAUAAAAUUUGUUACCGAUACACAAAA